AUGGAAAGAGUUGACAGCAGCACAGAUGCCUCUCCCAAAAACUUCCCAUGGUGUGACUAUCAGCCUCUCCUUCUUAACAAAACUGUUACUAAUCGUCACGGAAAGGGAACUAAAGUUAAGCGAGGCCUGGAAUCUGUUAAUGGUUUCAGGCUUAUCGACCCAGAGUUAAAAGAGAUCGGGAUUUUGGAAAAAUCGAAAUCAAUGUCCCCUCAUUUUAGAGGCUGCGACUUAUUGAUAGGAAUUUUUAUCCAGUCUGAAGGAGAGCCAGACUUUUCUAAAACCCUUAAGGCAGUCAUUACUAAUAUUGAGUAUUUCCUUGAAAAUAAUCACUCAGUCGUAGUUGUAGCGAUACUAGAUGGACUUACAAAAACAGUCAAUGAGAAAUCCAAGAAAAAGAUUUCACAAAAUGAGGUAACCCAAAUAGGGCUUAAGCCUUAUUCAAGUUAUUUUGAAAUUGGAAAAAUCGCAGAUAAAUUUCAUUUCGACACUACUCCAAAUGAAAAUUCAGCUAAUUAUAUAUCAAAUUAUAGUGGGAAAAAAGAUGAAGAUGAGAUUGCUCAUGCUUUUAUGCAUUCUAACUGAAAAAUGGAAACAAAUCAGAAGUAUCCAAUAGAUUUUAUAUUUUGUAUAAAGGAAAGAGAGGCUGGGAAACUCAACUCUCAUUUGUGGUUUUUUGGAGGGUUUUGCCAACAUAUUAAUCCCCGGUAUGUAAUUUUGCUAGAUGCAGGCAUCAAGCCUUCAAAAAAUUCUCUAACUUAACUCCCCCCCCCCGUGAGUGAACAAAAAAAUUUUGUUCACUCACGGGAGGGGGGUUAAUUUUUUUAUAUUUAAAAAAAAUAUUUUUUUUUCGAAAUUUAAAAAAAUCCUAAUUUGCAAAAAUUGGAAAGCAAAUAUAAAUUUAAUUUAUAAAAAUUUAUGUUUUAAAAUGCAAUUCGUUCAACAUUAAACAGAAUUAGCUCUAGAUUUCAUUAUACUAAUUAUCAUUUAUAUAUCAAUUUUUUUUUCCAUAAAAUAUUUUUCUAUUAAAAAAAUUUUUGUUCACUCACGGAGGGUGGGUUUUUGGGCAAAAAAUAGCGAUUUUUCUAAUGGCUUUGUUCACUCACGGGGGGGGGGGAGUAAGUAUCUUUAUAUUGCGAUGAGGAAUGAUGAAAAUAUAGCAGGGUGCACAGGAGAAAUGAAACCAAAAGCGAGCAGCUGUAACAAGCUCUUUGAGUAUGCCCAGAGGUCAGACUACAAAUUUAUUUAUAUGUUUGACAAAGGCUUAGAAAGUGUUUUUGGUUACAUUUCAAGUCUCCCCAGCAAUUUUAGCGCAUAUCGAUGGGGGCCACUCAAUAUGAAAAUUUUGCUUGAGUCUCAUUUUAAAUCCAUUUGUAACCCUAACGAAAUUGAUUUUAUGAACUCUAAUGUCUAUUUAUCUGAAGAUCGCCUACUCAGCUUGUCUCUUUUUGUGCAAGAAGAUAAAAAAUACAUUUUAAGGUACGUGAAAAGAUCAAAGGCCACAGUAAAUGUGUCUAAUAAAGUGUACAAAAUAAUGAUACAAAGGAGAAGGUGAAUCAAUGGAACAUGAUUCAUUCUUCUUGAGUCAAUUAAAAAGACAGGCUUUGUCAUUAAAUGCAAAACUGCACACUCCCCUUUAAGAAGAUUCUUAUUUUUAAUACAAAUGUUUUUGUAUUUAACCAAUUUCUUUUUUUCUUGGCUUAUCAUUGGGUUUUUUGCUGUAUUUUUAUUAGGCGGGACUCAUAAAUUGAAUUUGGAUAUGUAUGUGCUGAAUAUAUUGAUGAUCAUAUAUGGGCUUCUGCUGUUUUAUGUUUUAAUCAUAUCUCUUGGGGUCUCUCCAAGAAAGCUAAAAAAGGUUGAUACGUCGCUGACACUUGUUGCUUUUAUUUUAUUUCUAGUUUCAGUUGUAAGCUGUGUAGUUAUUGGAAUAUUUUGAUUGAGAGAUAGUCAAGGGUCAGAACAAGUAUAUAUAUAUUCAUUACUAGUAGUUGGGAUCUUAUUUAUCUUAAAUAUUAUGUUCUAUUUAGAAGUUUUUAUCAGUAUGUUCCAUUAUCUUGCAUUGAUACCUAUCUUAGUCAAUAUAUGCAUGAUAUAGGGUUUUCCCUUAUAUAGCCGGGCUGUGGAUUUUUAACGGAAUCCUUUGGCUGGUGGAGUCAACUCAGUACUUUGGUCGGACUAGCUCACCUUAGGUCCCACCAGCCAAAGGAUUCCGGACAGAAUCCACAGCCCUUGCAGGGUCUAUAUAGGGGGAAAACCCUAUAUAUGCAAUUUGCAAUCUUCAUGAUUGUUCAUAUGAUCCUCAAAAAAUGACAUUCGAUGAGGAAAAAAGAAUGAGGAAAUUCCAGACUUUUCGGUCUUUUUGGACAUUGAUAUGAAUUGCGUCGAAUGGAAUCUUCACGUAUUUUAUGUUUAUUAUGAUAGAAAAAGAAAUCGGCACAGUUUUAAUUACAGUUAGCAUGAUUGGGAUGAUUAAUUUGUGUGUGAGGUUUUCUGGAGGGCUGGGUUAUCAUAUUCAGGAAUGAUUGCUUGAUAAGAAAUGCUCACUCCCCCCCCCCCCCUCCGUGAGCGAACAAAAAAAUUUUGUUCGCUCACGGAGGGGGGUUAAUUUUUUUUUUUAAAAAAAAUUUAUAUAUAAAUUUUAUAAAAAAUAUUUUUUUUCGAAAUUUAAAAAAAAUCCUAAUUUGCAAAAAUUGGGAAGCAAAUAUUAAUUUAAUUUGCAAAAAUUUAUGUUUUAAAACGCAAUUUGUUUAAAAUUAAACAGAAUUAGCUCUAGAUUUCAUUAUACUAAUUAUCACUUAUAUAUCAAAAUUUUUUUCCAUUAAAAUUUUUUCUAUUAAAAAAAUUUUUGUUCACUCACGGAGGGUGGGUUUUUGGUCAAAAAAUGGCGAUUUUUCUAAUGGUUUUGUUCGCUCACGGAGGGGGGGGGGGGGGGGGUCAGAAAAUUAUCCAACUGAAAUUAAUUCUGACCCUCCUCUGAUAGAGCCUGAUUCUAAUUUGCCAGAUUUAGACAAAGAAGAGGACUCUCACGAAAAUGAUAGGUUUCGAAUAUAGAAGUUUCCGAUGUUUGGCGCUGUAAGGCCGAUAAAUUCUGAUCGGAAUUUAUCGGUUGGUUGCACCAAAUCAAUGCCUUGGUCGGACCAAAAAGCGAUUUGGUCCGACGAACUUGGAAAGCUCCUGGGAAAAUGUCUGCGCUUUCAGCGCUAUAUAGAGGAAACCUCUAUAUAGCGCUUUCCCGAGGAUGGCGCAGAAUGGCGCCAUCCUCGGGAAAGUCAACUAAGCAUCCACACGGGAACUGGGAGUUCCACGUGUGGAUGCCAUUUUUGACAUGUGGGAUCCCAAACUUCCACAUGUCAAAAUGGCAUCCACACGUGGAACUCCCAGUUCCCGUGUGGAUGCCUUCCUGGCUUUCCCGAGGAUGGCGCCAUUCCGCGCCAUCCUCGGGAAAGCGCUAUAUCUAAUCCUGUUGCUUUUAGGCCAAGUGAACUUCGAGAGCAUCAAGCUUCCUUUAGAAAUUAUGAUCGAAUUUAA